AUGCACGAACAUCAAAAGAAAUCGAAAAUCUAUUGUUGUGCCGCGGCCUCUGAGACAUGUGAUGGCAAAGCGAACGAGAGAGACGACGAAGCUGAAUACUACGAAGAAAUCGAAGAUGAAGAUGGAGACGGAGACGGACAAGACUGCAUUGAGGACAAGCAGCAGCAUCGCGAGGACCGGAACGAAGAACAAAAUGAGAAAGCCAAAGAGCAUUUGGCCAAUCAGCAAGCUUGUGCCCAUGACUUCGACCGCAUAAAGCUCCACGACGUGCAGAUCAGAUCACUCAAAGACCGCUGUGCCCAUAUACAAGAAAACUACCGCAUCGAGAAGCAAGCCAGAAUGGACUCACAGCAAGCUGUUGAGAAGCUCAUGCAGACUAUUGCGAAGCUUCAAGAGACCGUUGAGAAACUUCAAGAGACAAUUCAAAACCAAAAGUUGAAGAACAAACAAAACAAAGAAACCAUCAAGAAAUGCAAUAUAAGACUUGAUGCCCUAGAAACAGAUGAUACGGUAUUCAGGGAGUAUUUCAGGCAAAUCGCGAAAGGAAUCGUCGAAUUACGAACAGCUGUUUUUGGACCUGAGGAGUCGCAGUCAUAA